UCUCAUUUCCUCUUGAAAAUGUCUUCCUCACACUUCACUUUCUCCAUCUACUUUCUAACCUUUGCUCUCUUUCUCCAAACCAUUUUUGGAGCCAGCCCUCUCUUCCAUAUCUGUUCAAACUCUGAGAACUUCACUACCAAUGACCAAUAUGAAUCAAACCUGAGAAAGCUCUUGGGUAAUCUUAACUACCAAACCCCUCCCCUUGGUUUUGGUCUUGGUUCAGUGGGUUGGUAUCAGUACCAAACUUAUGGGAUUGCUCUUUGUCGUGGAGACGUAGCAACCACAGAUUGCAAGACGUGUGUAAAUGAGGCCAGCAACGAAAUUCACAGACUUUGCCCGUAUGAUAAAGGUGCGAUUAUAUGGUACGAUAAUUGUCUUUUGAAGUACUCAAACAAGAAUUUCUUAGGUAAAAUUGAUAAUGAAAAUUGGUUCUCCUUGUUGAAUGUGCAAAAUGUGAGUGAUCCAACAAUAUUUAACCAAAAGACUAGGGAGUUGUUGAACCAACUAGCUACAGAGGCGUCUGUCACCACAAAAAAGUAUGCGACUGGACACAUAGAGCUAGGAGAAUCAACCAAUCUCUAUGGCUUGGCUCAAUGCACAUGGGACCUUUCUAGCAAUGAUUGUUUUCAGUGUCUUGAGGAUGCAAUUGGCCAACUUCCAAGUUGUUGUGAUGGGAAAGAAGGAGGGAGAGUUAUUGGUGGGAGUUGCAACAUAAGAUAUGAGAUUUACCCAUUUCUCAGUUCUUAAUAUUGGAUUCAGGAGUUUGUUUAUGAUUCUUACUUUUAGAGGGAAAUUAAGGAAUAAUUCUUUGUAAUUCUUUAUUUUUCGUUGGACGAAUGUAAUUAUAAAAUUCAUUUUCAAUAAAUUGAAUUUAUUUUUGCCAUUUGAUAAAUGAAGUGGUGAUUCCAUUUGUAAGUCACCCGAUUUAGAG